GUGGGUGCGCGCGGGACACGCGGCUCGCAGUCGUCCCCACGACUCGGGACCGCGCGCCAGCCGCGGCCUAUCCAAGCGGUGCACGUUGUUGAAGCAUGCCUCCGACGACGGCUGCAACAGUCAGUCCUUAACUUUCUCUGCCUCUCUAUAUGUGCUGCCUGCUGUUUAUAUACUCUGUGCUGAGGAUUUCUCUCAACAGUUCUCGGAGUCUGCGAAACCGAAGCGCGGCGUGGCGAACGACGAACUUGUGUCAACCACCUGUUGCUCCCUACUCCGCUUCACUAAGGGGCGCCGAGGCGAAGUGGACCCUUGGUGACUCGUGACUCGGGGUGUGUUGAUGAGAGAGGUGCUGGUGGUGCCGUACGUUUGUGCGAACUUUCAACGUCGCAAUUUAGACAACUGAAGCAGCAAUCGAACUAGAUAUACGGGAAUAAGAAACAAUUCCGUCGAAAUAGUCGAAAGUUUCACUUUCGCCGAGAACUUCUCCCGUUUAUUUCAAACCUUGAAAUUCACUCGCGCACCUCGUACUUACUUCCCACGCUGACCUUUCUGUAAUAGCAGCCGCUAAGAUAUCGUGAAUACGCAGGGCCUCAAUACGAUGGCCUAAAAAGCCUUGCUGCACCGGAAUAACCUGCGACUUGUUACACGCUUGAAUAUUUUAACUCGAGGUUACUUACGCUGGCAUCUGGCAACACCGAGUAAUCUGUACAGCAUUCUGUCGUAGUGAACACAAGAACCCGCGAAUGAGUGAACUGUGCGAUAGUGGUUCGAAACUUGCGUAGCUUUGAAGGUGUUACACAUUGUACCGGUAACACUGUUUCAAGCAGUGGUCGGCCCAAAAUCAAGCAGAAAAAUACGUACUCUGCACUGCAGCUUCCAGACGUAACUGUUCGCUUAGAAUCGGCAAAACAAAUUUAGAGUUAUUGUACGCAGGACUGAGGAAUAGACGAAUUAGACGUUUUCUUACUUGCUUCUCUAGGCAGAUUGCUGAGCUCAUACUGUUCUAUAGCUGUGAUAUGAGUUGCAACGCUUGCCAUUUCACACGCGUACAUUUAAAUCCCACUCGACCACUAUAGAGGUAUACCAGUUCCAUUGCUCCCGUACCUCUUUGUCGCGGCUUACCUAACGCGUCCAGAGUAUUUCAGCACUAUCAUCAUGUUACGAAUGGUUGUUAACCCGCUGAUUUAAACGUCAGACAAAAGGCAAUAUGCUGUUCCGAGAUGUUGAAGACCCCGUUGUGAUUAUUAUAUCGGCUAAACGCAGCCCAUUGCUUUUGUUAAUGUAGGUCAACAGGUUUGGUGCUAUUUGAAUAGUGUGAAUACCGCACGCUGUCAGCAGAAGUUUUAAACGUGCUAGAGCAUGGGCGAAUGCUCUUCGAGCUGCAGUUUUCCGUAAUUCCAGUGCUGUCCCUCGAUUCAGCUGAGCGUGAUUUACAUUAGCGAGAUUUGUAAGAAGAAGGUGCUGAUAGCUUUGCAUAGUAUUUGCAGAUAAACAGAAGCUAGCGUGUCUUCUCUAUGUGAGCACACGUUAAUCAAGCACAGACAGACCUGUACAAAUACGUGAAGGGCACACUGUAUAUAGAGAGGCUGUAUUUUUAUGAAGUGUGAGGAGCGUAGAAGUUAAGAACAGAAAAAAAAAGACUUCUAGCGCCGGUGAUUACAACUAACUUUGAUCUUCAAAGCUGUCUCGUCACGAGAAUCGUUGUUAAGUCUAGUCAGUCAGACUCUCGAGUCAAGGAGGAACUCCUCAAGCGCUUUUGUACCUGCUCAAAAUUUGGUGAACUCAAAGAAAGUUCAAUACCUUCAAUCGUAGAUCGUUCGUUUGGUAACGCGUACUUGUCGUCUGUAGUGUGAUUGUAAUUAAAUGCCUAUAGAUUAACUUAGGGCACCCUUAUACGUUGAAGGAAUCGCAGUCCUUUCUUCUUUAUUUCGUAGCAGUCUCAAACGGGCGUAGCAACUCCAAUCACGGAACAUUAUACGAGUUGAAAACCCUUCGAAUGCGAGUAUUGCGCUUAUUCCAACACUCCUAAAGCAAGGCGAUCACCUUUAUUGAUCCCACAAACUUCUUUAGGUAAAACAAGUAGUCAAGCAUCGUAGCCUACACAUUCUAUAGCCACCCAGUCAGAGUACAACUUGUGGUUUUCAUGACUCGAUCGUUCAAAUAAAUUAUGAAAAUUCGCACUCAAUUCACCAGAACUGAUGCAUCAGUCGCGCAGUACUUAGACAAGGGUAACGAAAUACUGAGACUUUGAGACGGAAAGCAAUCGUUGUGCCGGAAAUUUAGAAUAUUCUAUCCACUCCGAACACUAAUUUUUCGUGUCUUUUUUGCCAGUGUAUUUCGCAUGAUUAGAAAAAUCUGCGGACUUCAACUAGUACGUACAUACACACUGCGAAUCCAACCGUAACUUCGCAUGUAACGUCGGUGGGAAACUUACUCUCGACAAACAGCGACCCCUAGAAGAAGCGAAGUGAAUCCCCCCGGCAACUUUCACGUUGCACUGCUCGCGUAACUGCUCAAGCGGAAGGACAGAGCUGGAACGUAAUCCCGAAGAGACGCCUUCCGAGUGGAAAGAAAAAAAAGAAGAAAUAGCACCAAGAAAUACUCCCAUUUACGCUCCACCAGCAACAGGGUGAUACGGAACAGCGCAGUGAGACUGGCGCUAAACUCCAGAAAGAAGACCGAAAACGAGGCGCCCCGAGAUAAACUCUCUUCUGUGUUCGUCGUUGUAAGACAUUCCUGCGGGUGCGUUAGGUUGUAUUAAGUCUUCCGCCGUUCAUAAGACACUGGUUCUUCUCCCGUGCUCCGCCAGCCGCAUCGUGCGUGUUGUUGCAAAGCGAAGCUUGCCGCACGCUGCGUCCGAGUUUGGGUGAGCGGAGUGCCUCGCGAUCAGCCAAGCGGAAAACGUUCCUGACGGACAGCGCGUGAUAGCCUGAACUACUUCAGCCUUCGAAGCGAGGCCUCUUUGCUGUUCGAGAACUUCAAAACGAGAAUCCCCAGACAGCCGUCGAGCCGAAGUCAUCACAGGCUGCCAUGCUUGCUGACCUCAUGGAAGCCAGUCAGGGCACGGAAGCUCUUCAACCAUGACCUCCAGUGCGGGCCUCCUCAUGGACACAGCCAGCAGCACGGUCGCGUCUCGAUUUCUCUACGGCAGCGUCAUGUAUGACGGGGGCCAAAACACGACCUCAUCGCGUCUCGCUUCCUUCAUGGGAGACGCCAACGACUCCAACGUGACGGUGACCCUGGGCAACUCCGUCGUCGACGGCGGUGUCGCAGGCGGCGAAGACGCCGUCUUAUCAAUCGCCGUGCCGCUGCCCGAAGCCGUGGCCACCGUCCUUGUACUCUCGGCAAUUGUGGCCGGAACGGUGUUCGGCAACGUACUCGUCGUGCUGGCCAUCUUCACCUACAGACCUCUUCGCAGCGUUCAGAACAUGUUCAUCGUGUCUCUGGCCGUCGCUGACAUUGCAGUGGCGCUCCUGGUGAUGCCUUUCAACGUGGCCUACUCCAUCAUGGGUCGCUGGGUGUUCGGCUUGCACAUGUGCGAGCUUUGGCUCACCUGCGACGUUCUCUGCUGCACGGCGUCCAUCUUGAACCUGUGCGCCAUAGCGCUGGACCGCUACUGGGCCAUCCACGAUCCCAUCAACUACGCGCAGAAGCGCACGCUCCGGAGAGUGCUGCUCUCCAUAGUGCUGGUGUGGGGGAUCAGCGGGCUCAUCUCGGUGCCGCCCCUCAUUGGUUGGAACGACUGGCCCGAGCAGUUUGACGAGACGUCACCCUGCCAGCUGACCGAGGAACGAGGUUACGUGCUCUACUCGGCCACUGGUUCCUUCUUCGCGCCCCUGCUCAUCAUGACCAUCGUGUACUUCAAGAUCUACCUAGCCACCAGGCGACGGCUUCGCAAGCGUGCCAAGGCGGUGGCGGCAACGCUACAGGUGAAGCCUUCAGCGCUAAACGUACUGCCACCUGCAACUCACGAGAACUCGUCCGCGGACUCGCCACAGACCGAACAAAGCCCAAUCGAUCCGGACCUGGACAGCGUGACCGCGAUCCGAACGGACGACAUUCCGGACAUCCGCGGCAAGACUCAGCAAAACGGCGGCAAUGGCGCCGCCAACAUAAGCAGCUCGUGCCGGGCCACUCCUAAUGUGAAGCAGUACAUGGAGGAGCGCCAGCGCAUCUCGCUCUCCAAGGAGCGACGGGCGGCCCGCGUGUUGGGCAUCGUGAUGGGAGUGUUUGUGCUGUGCUGGCUUCCUUUCUUCCUCAUGUACGUCAUUUUGCCCUUCUGUCCGCAGUGCAGCAUCGCACCAAAGACGGUCAACUUCAUCACAUGGCUCGGUUACGUGAACUCCGCUCUGAACCCCGCGAUCUACACCGUGUUCAACAAUGACUUUCGCAAGGCCUUCCUCAAGAUUCUGUGUCACCGUCGCAGAUGAGCGCCCUAAGUCUACAGUGUGGUUAGCAGGCUCUAGUUCAGCACGCGUACGUACCAUGUGGACUUGAGGACACAUAGGCCACGCUGUAUUUGCACGACGAGGUAUCUCUCUGAAGAGCAAUUUAGUGAUUUGCGUGACAAGUCGUUUUGCUGAUGGUCACUUUCUGAGCAGGUUGGUCAAAGGAAGAAACAGGUGUUCUUAAACAGCGCGUUCUCAUUGUUGCCGCGUUGAGCAGCGUCGCGGUGUCUUCCAAGUUGUAAGGCGUGACUGCGGCAGAAAGAGCAGCUUGAUCUUGUCAAACCGGCAAAUUGACUAAUGGAAGCUGCCUUUUUUUUUAACUGAACCGCGUCAGCUCGCCAAGCUGUCUCGGGCGCGUUGGGAACGGGAGCUUUUGAAAUGGCUCAGGCAACCGAGAGCUAAAAACUGUUCCUAGUAACAGGAGUAAAAGAUUAGCCGGUUCAAAAGUAUGUUUCGAAGCUUGAAUUAAUUAGUUCUCCAGACCUUGGCAUCGUUACACCUCAUAACAGGAUUUGUUGUCUCUAGUAAAGAAACAACUGCAGUUACACCAAGGUUAAACACACACAUUACGACUUGUGCAUUUACAUAACCUACGUUAUGGUUAAUUGCUUAACCAAACAUCUAACGGUGAGAAUGUUUUCGACAUCACCAAACGUAUCUUGCAUAUCGUGCAAGCUGACAAAGAUCAGCUUUAUUAUAGUGACACACCUGUUAAGCAAUGAGGUGCCUUCAACACCUAACGGACGCGAUUUCGACCGUGAGAUGAGAGUCGAGCUGUUUUCAAGAUAACCGUGGUGCUCACUGUACUCGACGUUUCAUGCAUGCCCUGUUUAUCUGUUGUAGUGCGAAGUUGCCUGUAGGAACUUUGACAGUAAUCCUGGAAACAUUGUACAGUAGUUCAGGAGUGCUCGUUGAAAGCAUCAGAACGACCAUACUCGUCGGAUGCUCAAUGCUAUCUUAAGGCAGCUGUUCGUCUAUCUAACGCGAUUGGAAUGAAAAAUAUAUUUGUGACAUAUUUGUGAAUCUCCCUAUGUAAGUUCACAUCCAGAAUGCUCGGAGCGAAUGAGUGUUUGAAAGUGGUUGAUGUCACUUUUCGACUGAAGUGCGAAAGGUUUGUUGUCGAUGUUUUUUUUUGUUCAUUAAGCAGGAUCGAACUCUGAUUGUUCCAUAGCAAGAACUUUGCUCUGCUAAUUAUUUUAAAUUUUGCUAACAACUGUCCAUCUGAAACGCAUUCGAUAACUAACUGUUAUAGCCGACCACACGGCUGCCUGGAACGUUUCACCAUUUUUCCUACAUGAGGCCCUACGACAGAUGCAUGAGAUAUGCUUUAAUAUCUUCGUAUAUGUACGUGCAUACGUUUGUUUAACUGUUAUUUGCAGGUAUGGUAGACAAAACCAUGUAAAUCAUUAGAAGUACACGGGCCUACAAAAUGUACAGAAUUGAUAUGCACCGAAGAAGUUCGAAUAUGUCGGGGCUUAUAAAUACGUUUCUCGGCCCUCAAGUUGAGCUAUAUACUUGAGAAGCACAAGGCUCAAGAUGUGAAAAAGGCUCCGUAUUCGUCGCCUAACGCCACAGCGGUCGCUGUUUCAUUCAUGCUAUUCAGCUGCGAUUUAUAUUUUUUGGGGAGUGAACUGUUGAACGCGAGAUUGAGUGUAUUGACGUGCGUACGUGUGUUCAUAGUUGUUAAAUGUAAAGUCGUCCAAUCACAGUGGCUCCCUCGUUGCUCUCCGGUGCAAGACCGAAUGACGCAUUGAAAUCUUGACACCCAAUGCAUGUGUGUCACGUCAGCAGUCAUUUGCCUGCAAGUUAUGCGGUUGUAACUUUGUUGAGUGAAAAGCACAUUUAUCUGUUUAGUUUGUCAGUGCCAUUCAUGGCACCUAACGGUGAAGCACGUGAAGAGUAAAAAUCAUCGGUUUAGUCUUGCUCAUGCAUUUGAGUUUUGCAACGUUUAGAAGAUACCUCGAAACACUCCUCUUGCAUUCGACUCUCGUUUAAUCACUGUAUUCACAAACGAUGGCUGCAUUUUCAUAUUUAAACCAUCAUGCAUGUAAAAUUUAUCUUUCGAGUUAGCUGUGACUGGGAUAACGUGAUAUCAUCCGUUGCAUUACUUUAAAAGAGCACGUAUUACGUGUCCACAAACAACAAUAUGUAGGAGCAUAGCAAUUCUGUGGCCACAAUAUUAACUGGUAAGACAACUUAAUUGUUGCAUUACCAACAUGAAGAGGAGUUAAAAUGCAAGAAAAAGUUCAAUGUCUUAACAAGGGAUGUCAUCGUGACAGUGUUUACCAUUACAGUGCAAGAAGCAAACAUUUGCGUAAUACAUAGCGUGUGUGGAAAAGACAACUAUUGUCGCUCAUACUAUUGUCUCGCGGCCAUGAUUUUGUGCUCGCCUGGAAGAAACAACACUGAUCAUGUGGAAGAAUAAACACCUCAUACGUGGUUCAAAGUUGUUUGCUUCUCGAUUUUUGUUGUUGCUUCUGUCAUUGUCAUGCAAGGCUAAUUUUGCAACAGUCAUUACCAAAGGUAAGCUGUUUGUUUUUCCUAUACUUUUAUGUGUUUCGCAGAGUACCUAAUUUGUGUGCGCUGGUUUUAACGAAUGUUCUCGUGUCUUUUUUUCCCGUUCUUAUGCGAAUAAACAGUAGCGCCUAACUUGUAAAAUUAUUCUUGAUCAG